AUGACUUUCUACCUCGUCACCUUCUGCUGCGCCUUUGCCGCACUGGGAUCAUUCCUGUUCGGCUAUGAUUCGGGCAUGAUCUCUUCCAGUAUCGAGCAGGAGGCUUUUCUGCGCCGAUUUGGGUCUCCAACUUUGUCUGACGCCGCCGCUGGGGGCAUUAUUUCCUCGUAUAUCGGAGGCGCAAUCGUGGGCUCGGUCCUCGCCCCAUAUGUUUCGGAUUACUAUGGCCGCCGAAUGGUCCUCUUCAUGGGCGGUCUUCUUGCCACUCUGGGUGCUGGCCUCCAGGGAGGCGCAGUUAGUGUCGCGAUGCUUAUCGCCGGUCGAUGCAUCGCGGGCCUGGCAAUUGGGCAGAUGUCUGCCACUAUUCCCGUUUAUUGUCAAUGGGUGGGAUAUGGCUGUACCCUUCGCGGUGGAGCCUUCUCCUGGCGUUUUCCGCUCUCCUUUCAAGCCGUGCCAGCAAUAAUUCUCGCCUGUGGCGUCUGGUUCCUCCCUGAAUCGCCAAGAUGGCUCAUCGUUAAGGGCAGAGAGGGGGAAGGCCGCUCAGUCCUCGCCCGACUCCAUCUCAACCGGAGCGCAACCAACAAGCAACUACUCGAACACGAGCUCCUCCAAAUCCAAGAGAGCCUAGCAUCCGAGAAGCAAUCCGCCGUACGAUCCUGGCACAAACUUCUACUCUCCCCGCGCUGGCGACACAGGAUCCUCCUCGCCUGUGGUCUGCAACUAUUCACCCAGUGGGCAGGCACAAACGUGAUCUCAAGCUACGGCCCACGACUCUUCAAAACGCUCGGCCUUACAACAUCAACAUCCCUCAUGAUAAUUGGAGUCUGGGGCGCGCUAGCACAGUUCUGGAAUACUGUCUUCAUGCUCUUCAUCGACAAAGUCGGACGCCGGAAACUGCUCAUCCCAUCACUGCUCGGCAUGGGAGCAGCCCUGUGCAUCGAAGCCACGCUCGCGCGAUACAUCGAUUUCAGCGACACCAACGCCAACCCACAUGCUCUGCGAGCUGCCAUCGCCAUGUUCUUCGUAUUUUCGUUCUUCUUCACGGCUCUUGGCAUGAUCUCCUGGGUCUACCAGACUGAGAUCUUCCCAACGCCCAUUCGAGCCCGCGGCUCGUCGAUGGCAACCGCUACUAACUGGAGUGUUAGUCUUAUCUUUGGGCAGUGCUCGCCUAUCGCGCUGACGGAUAUCGGGUCCAAUUAUUUGUAUUGCUUUGUUGCGUUCAAUUAUGCGGCGAUGGUUGUUGUUUGGGCCUUUUAUCCUGAAACUGCGGGUUGUUCUCUUGAGGAGGUCGAGGAGGUCUUCACAACACAGUUUGUUCACGAGGAGUCAGAGCGCUCUUUUGUUGAUGAGAACGCUCCAGUGGCUAUUACACCGCGCUCGCAGAUCCGGCACAAGGGGCUGCAUCCACUGUCAAUGCAUCCUACUGACACUGUCAGUAUCGGUAGCAGUCACAGUGGGUCUGAGAUUGGGAUGGAAACCAAGGAGAUUUAG